AGUCGGACCUCCACCGCGUGUGGUCCUCCGUUCGCCCGUGCGAGAAACCGGGCGCCCGAGCCAGCCGGCAAAUGUGCCAGUGAUCGUGCGCGCGUGUGCGAGUGACGAGUGGUGGUGAUGAAGGCGAAGGUGAAAACAGAUCGGAAGCCGGGGGAGGCGGGAGGAAAGAAGGGGAGCUCCGGAGCGCCCGCCGGCCCCGCCCCCGCCGCGGCCGCGAAAUCGGUGAAGAAGGCCACGGCGAAGGAGGCCAAGCUUAAGAAAGUGAUGGCUAAAAAGGUGGUGGUGGGUGGUAAAACGGUCAAAAAGGGGAAACCAGUGGCGGGAAGUGUCGGUGCGAAGGAGAAGCAGUCUAGCAAGACAAAGCCGAAGGCGGCGGCGAAGGACGGUGUCAGAACCGCCUCGCCGUCCUCCGGUCAACGCUCCGCCUCGUCUGAAAGCGUCACCAAAAAGUCCUCAUCGAAGGCAGGCAGCAAGACGCAAUCAGCAAAGGACAAACCCGCGCAGAAGAAAUCGUCCGGGUCCAGCAAGCCCGCUGCCAAAAAGUCUGCGCCGUCCAAAGCGGCGGCGGCGGCGACAGGCGGCGAGCGGCCGGGCGACCAUCCGGCGGCCGGGAAGGCGGAUCGGCCGCGCCCGGCCGCACCUGGCGCCCGUGUCGCCGCCGCCGGACCAGCUGGCGCCGGCAAGAAGCCGCGGCCCGCCGGCAAGCCUCGCCCCAAGCCGGCCACAUCCAAACUGGACUCCAAGAGCGCCGGCAAAAAAGCCCACGGCGCGUCCGGCGAGAGCGGGCCGCUGACCCAGAAAGCGGCCGCGCACUCGUCCGAGUCGGACGCGGGCCGCCGCUCUGACUCGAGCGACAAUGAGCUGCUGAGUACCAAAGUGGCCGAGCGCCGGAAACAGACGAGUUCCGGCGACGCGCGACGGAAGGGUGGUACAGCCAAGGCUCUGGCGACGAAGAGUGCGGCCAAGAGCGCGGCGGCCGCGGCCCGCCGUCUCGCCAAGAAGAAGGCGGAAGCGCAGCGCCGCCGAGAUGAGGAGAUCCACAAAAUCCUGAUGUCCCAGCCGAGUCGGCGGGUGGCCAGUCUGAAUGCCUCGGCGAUGACACAGUGUAUGUUGGAGAAUGAGAGCAUGCCGAAGGCGCAUCCGCCGCCGGCGUCUGUCUCGAGCUCCGCUCAGACGUCAUCGUCACAGGAGUCUGCGGCGGCCAAAUCACAGACCGAUAAGUCCGACACCGCGACAGAAACCAAAGGCAAGGCGGUCAAUAAAAAGAAACCGACAGAAAAGCGGCCACCGAAGAAGAAGAAAAAGGAAGAGAAACGCCCUGAAAAGCGUGAAUCAAAACACGACGAUACCGAUCAAGAAGAUGAUAGCGAUACUGAGAGUGAGCAAGAAGAAGACAAACCGAAGGACAAGCAGCGUGACAAACAAGCCAAGUCCUCCAAGAAACGCAAAGACAAGGGUUCGACCAAAAAAUCUGACGCGAAGAACAAGCCGAAACGGAAGCGGGCGGAGAUCGGUGAGAUGCCGUUCCCGGAAAUGGUGGUGAGGAAACGGAUCGCUAGCCUGAACGCCUCGGCCAUCAUGUCAGCCAGCUACUCGCCAGAGCCGAAGCGCCGCCGCGACGCCGACGCGCUCGCUUUGGUACCGGUGGGUGAGACCGCCCUGCAGCCGGUGAAGCGUGCCAAGCGGCCGCGCCGUCCGCGCCGCGUGGCCACGCCGCCGCCAGCCGAGAAAGACGAGCCCGCCGUGCUGGAGGACGUAGAGCCGAUCGGACCGGCACUCACCAAGGACGGUCUCGAGGAGGUGGACCUGCUUGUCGCCGGUCGGGACGUCACAAUCACCGGCAUGCACUACGUCACCACGUGCACCAGCACCACGUGCGUCACCAACGUGCACAGCUACCGAAUCUCCUCUGCCACCACCAAGAAGAGAGAGGCGCUGUCGGCGGAGGUGGUGCCCACGGCUGCUCAGCAACAGAGCCCGUACGUCAGCUACACGGCCGAUGGCUACACCCCGCUGGCGGCCCUCUCCAGUAUGAUGCUGGGCGGGGGCGGCACUCCGGGCGGACCUCCGCCGCCCGCCGCCCGACACAGCGCCUUCAGUGCGGCACCGCCCCCGCCGCCCCCGCCACCGCCGCCGCCGCCGCCCGCCGCGCCGCCCGCACACUGCUAUGGUUACAUGCAGCCGGCGGGGCCGCUGAUCGAGCCGCACGCGGCGCCGGUACCGCCGGUACCCUCUGUGCCGGUACAUCGUCCGGUGGCGCAGCACCGGGUACCUCCGGAGCCGCCGGGUACCGGCCGGUGGCCCUCCGACACCCCUCCGGCAGCCUCCCUCUCCAGUCCCUCCCCGCCGAGCAGCAGGGCCGCGCCGGCGUACCACGCGCCGCCCUACCUGCCCGGGUACCCGGGGUACAUGUACCCCAGUCCGUACCGGCCGGGCGUGUACGCUCCGCCGCCGCCGCCGCCCGCCGCGAGACACGACUUGUACCCAUAUCCGUACUAUCCAUACAUGCCACCUCCGCCACACUACCAGCAUCACCCGCAUCUCAUGCAUCCGGCCAUGUACCACCACCCCGAGUACCCGCAGUACCCGGGGUACCCGUGUGGGUAUCCGGGAGGCCCGCCGGCGCUGCCGCCGCCGCCGCCCGUGUACUCCGAGGGCCGGUACGCCCCUCCGCGACUGGCCCCGCCACCUGCGCACGCGGCAGACUACGGACCGUUCGCGGCGCCAG